UGAACCGUAACUUCGAAUUCCGCGAAGAAGUUGAUGGUCGACGCAAGAAUUUCAGAAAUCUCUGCACUAGUCGAGUUAAUAUCGAGUUUGAUUUGCAAGUAACCAUGUCAGAAAAAUCAUCAAUGCGUGUUUUAAAUGUCAAAGAGAUAGAAGAUACCAGCAAGCGAUCUGCAGUGGAAAUAUCGAAGGAAAUGCAAAAGACUAUGUUAAAACUGAAGGGAGAGUUUAUUAUAGAGGAUGGCAAGGGCGUUAACUAUGCAGGAAUCAAGGGGAGUAAGAUGUUUAAGGAUUACUUUGAAAAUCUUGCCCCACAGUUGCAGUAUGUUGACCUGGGAAUGGUCUCAGAAAAUGAGAAAAAGGCUUUCUUCAUCAAUGUCUACAAUGCACUAACUAUUCAUGGUCUUGUUGAGAGGACAGAACUCCCGCAGUCUGUUUUGAAAGUGGAACAGUUUUGGAAUACGACUGCCUACAAUAUUGGUGGACUGGUGUACAGCCUGGAUGACAUCGAACAUGGCAUUCUUAGAAGUAACAGAAGUCACCCAAGUUCAGUUCACCCGACAUUUAAAAAGGGAGACCCGAGACUGAAAUACAUUGUAAAGGAACUGGACCCAAGAAUACACUUCGCUCUGGUCUGUGGGGCUAAGUCCUGCCCUGCAAUCAACGUUUACACAGCAAUGAACCUUGACAGAGCGCUUGACGCUGCUACACAGGCUUUCUGUGCGCAAGAAGUGUCCAUGUUUACCGAGGUUGAUGAGAUCUGGUUGUCUCGAAUUUUCCAGUGGUACUCACAGGACUUUGGAAAUACAGACAUAGAUGUGAUAAAAUGGACAAUACCAUACCUUGAGAAGGGCAUUCAAGACCGUGCACAUGUGCUUCUCUUCAAACUGGAUAAGGUGGCACCUGUAGCUAUUAAAUACAAUGAGUAUGAUUGGACCUUAAAUCUUCCGAAGCCCAAGUAUGACCCCACAGAAAUACAUCCUAAUGACCUGAUGGAAAUAGAAAAUGAUAAUGAGCAGAUUCAGCAAGAGUAAAAGUGUGAUGUUUUAAUUGAUGCCUAGUUAAAUAAUAGAUUUAAUUAUAGUUUAUGUAGUAAUGUGGAUUUUUUUUAAUUUUGUAAGGUUUUAUUUUUGCUAAUAUUUGUAUAAUAUCAUGAUGCUAAUUCAAAUAUUUGCCAUAGUGUAUAUGAAAAACAUUCCAAGUAUUUAUGUGGAAGCUCAUUGUAUAAUAUCAUGUUGUGGCAGAUACUUAAACCUUACAAACAAUGGUCAAAACCGAGAUAUCAUGAGAAAAAGGUCUUGCAAAUUUAAGUAAAAAUACAUCUGAUUAUGGAAUCCCUACUUACACAGAGUAAGUUCGAUGAGGCCAGGUGCUAUGUAGUGUAAAUUAGAUAAGCUGAAAUAAGGCAGUGGAGACUUAAGGCUUUCAGGAAAGGUUUGGGCUCUAGUCUUCCAAAAGAAGUGUAGGGUGGCAGAUUGAAAGACUGUAGAUGCAUAUAUCAGCCCCAACUAUAUUGUGUCAAAGACCUGCCUGAACUAUUUAAGAAAUAUAACACACCACUGAAGGUCAAAUGACAUUAUAUACAGGUCGCAUUAAAAAUUGGCACCUGAUUUGUUACGCUAAAACCUGGCUUUUCUGUAAUGCAAAAAAAAUGUGUCUACUGUAUUGCAUUUUAAAAUCAAUCUGUGCUUUUUUUGCAUCAAAAAUUUAUCCCUACUGUAUAGAAUUAAAAAUUGGCCUCGACCAUGUUGUGUUAAAACCGGCCACUUGGAAUGUUUAUGAUUUGUCUCAAAUUCUAUGUAGACCUGUUUAUGUUGUAUUGAUUGUUUCAUUGUAUCCAUGCUAUAAAAAAUAUUAAAUUAAGAAAUUGA